AACUGUCUAGUGUCGCUGGGCUAGCAAAUCCAUCGUUGCCUGUUCUUGUCAUGUUUAGGAAGCAACAGCGUUGUUUUCUCAGUGGAAUACAAGAAGACACUACUACACAUUACCGUCAACGACGUUCACGCUUGAGGGGGUUAAUUGACUUUGGCUCCAGGUCAGUAGGAACAACAACAGUUCAAAGUGUUUGCUCAGUGCCCCCCAGUCGGCAAGAAUAGCAGCCUUCCAGUUCCCACAUUUCACCACAUCGAUGUUGAGUGCGGCAGCUUUCGCACUGGGUCCGGGGCUACAAACACCACAACCCUUUUGUUCUCCCGUUUCCAAGAUUCGGCUGAAUUGUAGCAGCUUGUGGAAGGACCAUCGCAUGUUACAAUGUACAUCCCUCUUUCAGUCCUAAGGAUUGUUUACGCGAUAAAAUGGCUGCUGAAAUGCCAUCUGGAAGAGAAUGGUGUUGAAUCAAUGCAGUAACGUUAACAUUUACCUAGCAGAGGCCAAACAGAUAAGCUACAUAUGCUAACGAAUUAUGUAUUAACUAAUGUAUUCAGUGAGUUAGCUACUUUUUACAGCUUUAAUCGAUGCUCGGCUUUUUUGAUAGCUUCUUCCAACAAGAGGUAGGGUGAAGGGAAUUCCUCCCACUCCAAAUCUAUGCAUUCGGUUAACCAAGCAGCUUUUAAUAGAACAUUUAGCUACAUUUAUUAUAUCUUAGCCAUUUUCUCCAAAGCUUAGUAAAUACUGCAGCCUUUUCAGAGUAUGCAUAACACUUCAAGAAUAUGCAGGACUUCUUUGUUAUAAUUGAAACAGCCUGAGUAGCUGAGGCUCCCAAAGCAGACUUAUAAAGGCCCGGGUCUUUUUCUUCUUGGAAAUUAAAAAAAAGAAAAAAAAAAGAAGAAGAAAUAAGAUGGACCUUGGGGGAAGAUGCAAGACUAAACUUUUUAUUUUUGGACCCAAACUAGCCACCCACAAUGGUGUGCGGAGUAUCAACAGAUACUUGGUGGUCUAUGUUUUGUUUUACUUUGUGCUCUUCACACACGCCUCCCCGGCGAAACCGUGUGACAAAAAUUGUCUCUCCGGAAAAUGUAUCAACGGUUCCUGUGUCUGUGACCGAGGAUGGGUCGGAGACCAGUGUCAGCAUUGUCAAGGGAGGUUCAAGUUGACAGAGCCCUCAGGAUACCUCACCGAUGGUCCAAUCAACUAUAAGUACAAAACCAAGUGCACAUGGCUUAUUGAGGGCUAUCCUAAUGCGGUCCUCCGGUUAAGAUUUAACCACUUUGCAACCGAAUGUAGUUGGGACCAUAUGUAUGUCUACGAUGGAGACUCAAUAUAUGCUCCUCUGGUGGCUGUUUUCAGUGGUCUUAUUGUACCAGAGGUGCGAGGAAAUGAAACAGUUCCUGAAGUUGAGACGACCUCAGGCUACGCACUACUACACUUUUUCAGUGAUGCUGCAUAUAACCUGACAGGAUUUGAAAUAUUUUAUUCGAUCAACUCUUGUCCCAAUAACUGCUCCGGCCAUGGGAAGUGCACCACCGGGAACUCCAUCGCCAGCAGAGUGUACUGUGAAUGUGACAAGUAUUGGAAAGGCGAGGCCUGUGACAUCCCAUACUGCAGAAACAACUGCGGCAGCCCAGACCACGGAUACUGCGACCUCACCGGGGAGAAGCUAUGUGUCUGCAAUGAUAGUUGGCAAGGUCCAGACUGCUCUCUAACUGUACCUUCAACCGAGUCCUUCUGGGUCUUGCCCAGUGUCAAGCCUUUCGGCACAUCUCUGGCUCGAGCUUCCCAUAAGGCUGUAGUGCAGGAAAAGGUCAUGUGGGUUGUGGGCGGCUACACUUUCAACUACAGCUCAUUCCAGAUGAUUCUCAACUACAACCUGGAGAGUGGCAUCUGGAACACAGUCCCAAUCAAUAGCGGCCCUCUGCCAAGAUACGGACAUUCACUCGCUGCCUACCAGGAUGACAUCUACAUGUUUGGUGGGAAACUGGAGGCCGGCUGGGGGAACGUGACAGAUGAGCUUUGGGUCUUCAACAUACCCAGUCGGACAUGGCAGCGGAAAAAUCCUGCCAUCGGCAUUCCGGCUCAGACGCAGAUGUACGCCGUGGAGGGUCACUCCGCUCACGGCGUCCUGCUGGACAGUGGAGAGGCUGUCAUGGUCGUCAUCUUUGGAUACUCCCCUAUCUACAGCUACAUCAGCAACGUUCAGGAGUACAAUCUGAAAUCCAACACAUGGUUGGUGCCUGAGACCAAAGGUGCUGUUCCUCAGGGAGGUUAUGGUCACAGCAGCACGUACGACAGCACCAGUGGCAGCGUCUACGUCCACGGCGGCUAUAAGGCUCUACCCGCUAACAAAUACGGCCUCGUUGAUGACCUUUACCGCUAUGAUGUUAACACAAGGACAUGGUUCAUUCUGAGAGAGAGCGGUUAUCCACGGUAUCUGCACUCAGCUGUGCUCCUCAGCGGCACCCUGCUCAUCUUUGGCGGCAACACGCACAAUGACACAUCACUUAGCAAUGGAGCCAAGUGUUUCUCUGCUGACUUCCUCGCCUAUGACAUUGCCUGCGAUCAGUGGAGGCUCCUGCCGAAGCCAGACCUGCACAGGGAUGUGAACCGCUUUGGUCACUCAGCCGUGGUCAGCAAUGGGUCCAUGUACUUGUUCGGGGGCUUCUCCAGCGUGCUGCUCAACGACGUGCUCGUGUACCGACCCCCCAGCUGCCAGGCCUUCUUGGCAGAGGAGGGGUGCGUGAAAGCUGGUCCGGGGGUCCGCUGCAUCUGGACCAAGGGCCGCUGUUUUCCCUGGGAGCCCAGCAUGUCGAACGGCAGCCUCAGUCCUGCUGCAUUCUGCCCCCCUAAACCUGCAACGGUGGACGAGCGUUGCUACCGGUUCUCAGAUUGUGCCAGCUGUACGGCUAACACCAACGGAUGCCAGUGGUGUGAUGACAAAAAGUGCAUCUCCGCUGCCAGCAAUUGUACCUCUAACAUAAAGAACUUCACAGAGUGUCCGGUGCGGAACGAGCAGGUGUGCAGCAAGCUUGCCAACUGCAAGAGCUGCUCGCUAAAUCUCAACUGUCAGUGGGACCAGAAUCAGUCCGAAUGCCACGCUUUACCCGUCCAGCGAUGCAGCGAGGGUUGGAGCCAGGUGGGGGAGGCCUGCCUGAGGAUCAACUCCAGCCGUGAAAGUUAUGACAACGCUCAGCACUACUGCAAAAACCUCAACGGGAACAUUGCUUCACUCACCACCUCGAAACAAGUGGUCUUUGUGCUUGAGGAGCUGAAGAAGCUUCAACAGCAAGAAAAGCGACUGUCUCCCUGGGUUGGCUUGAGGAAGAUCAACGUGUCAUAUUGGGGUUGGGAGGACAUGUCUCCCUUUACCAACAGUAGCCUGCGCUGGCUUCCUGGUGAGCCCAGUGACAGUGGUUUCUGUGCAUACCUGGAGGAGCCCCAAGUAUCAGGCCUCAGGGCCAAUCCAUGCACCGCCACUGCCCAUGGCCUCAUCUGUGAAAAAGCUGCUGGAAACCCCAAUCCGAGUGCCCGACCAUCUUGUAAAAAGCCUUGCUCACUGCACACCAACUGUGCCAACUGUACCAGCCAGGCCAUGGAGUGUAUGUGGUGCAGCAGCACUCAGCGCUGCGUAGACUCCACCGCCUAUGUCAUCUCUUUUCCCUAUGGCCAGUGUCUGGAGUGGCAGACUGGAGAUUGUGUUGCCCAGAACUGUUCAGGCUUCCGGACCUGCUCCCAGUGCUUGGAGCAGCCCGAGUGUGGAUGGUGCGGAGACCCCAGCAGCACAGGGAAGGGGCUGUGCAUGGAGGGCUCCUACCGGGGACCCAUGAAGAGACCGGCCAAGCAGGGCCAGCAAGGACAGACCCAGGACAUGAGCCUCGAGCCAGGCAGCUGCCCCAAAGACAAGGGCUACGAAUGGGCUUUCAUCCACUGCCCUGCAUGUCAGUGCAACGGCCACAGCACCUGUGUGAACGGCAGUGUGUGUGAGCAGUGCCGUAACCUCACCACCGGUCCUCACUGCCAGACCUGCAUGCCCGGUUUCCAUGGAGACCCAACCAAUGGAGGCAAAUGCCAGGCUUGCAAGUGCAAUGGUCACGCGAACGUCUGCCAGGUGUUAACUGGCAAAUGCUUCUGCACCACCAAGGGGAUCAAAGGAGACCAGUGCCAGCUAUGUGACUCAGAAAACCGUUACCUUGGCAAUCCACUCCGAGGAACCUGUUACUAUAAUCUCCUCAUCGACUAUCAGUUUACCUUCAGUCUCAUCCAAGAAGAUGACAAUCACUACACUGCCAUCAACUUUAUGGCCUCGCCUGAGCAGGCCAACAAGAACCUGGACAUGUCCAUUAACGCCUCUAAUAACUUCAACCUCAAUAUCACCUGGUCUGUGGGAUCAACAGCUGGAACCAUCUCUGGAGAAGAAGUGCCCAUUGUGUCCAAAACUAACAUCAAGGAGUAUAGAGACAGUUUCUCCUGUGAGAAGUUCACCUUUAGAAGCAACCCCAAUAUCACUUUUUAUGUCUACGUCAGUAACUUCUCAUGGCCCAUCAAGAUCCAGAUUGCCUUUUCUCAACACAACAGCAUCAUGGACCUUGUGCAGUUCUUUGUGACAUUUUUCAGUUGCUUUCUGUCACUUCUCCUGGUGGCAGCAGUGGUGUGGAAGAUCAAACAGACCUGCUGGGCUUCACGACGGAGAGAACAACUGAUGAGAGAGCGUCAGCAGAUGGCCAGUCGUCCAUUCGCCUCAGUUGCUGUUGCAUUGGAUGCCAGGGGAGAACAAACAGAACUGCUGCAGCCCGUGCUUGACGGUGCGCCUAAACCUGUGGCGAUGGAGCCGUGUUCUGGAGGCAAAGCUGCUGUGUUGACUGUCCUCAUGCGUCUGCCCUCUGGUCCCUCAGGCUUGCCUCCACCGGGCCAGUCAGGCCUCAUCGUCGCCAGUGCACUGAUAGACAUUUCACAGCAGAAACCAACAGAUUUCAAGGACAAGUCCCAGGCUUUAAAGAAUCGAAAAGCCCUGGCUCCUGCACACCAAGGCACCUGCGUCUGAGUCGCAACGCAGCAAUCCAUCGGGUCCCUUUUUUUCCUUUUUUUUUCUCUUUUUUUUAAAUUUAAUACCAUCUGAGGUCAUAAUGUCGCAACAUGUCGCAGGUCCCGUCGGAAGCCUUUUUCCUGAGACGACAGAUGGCUACAUGUAGAUUUCAUUUGGCUGCUACCACUCAACUCGCCUCGAGUCCCGAGAGCACAACCCUCGUUCAGUUCCCAUUUCUGCCCCUUUACUGCACCUACAGAGAAUCUGACAUCCUGAUCCUCCCAAACCCACUCGCUUCCCCUCUGCACAGAGGGUGGGUGGGGGUGGUUUUGUAGUAAAACUCAGUGUCUGCAUGAAGAGGACCUGCCUGAUCGGCGGCUAGCAGAGACCCAUCUGCGGCCCCUACCGAAGCUUAAACAUUUAGUGACAUCUCAUCGUCCGUGCGGUCAGCAUGAAGGAAAAUCAGCCACAGUGUCUGGCUGAAAAUGUGUGUGAGGUGGUAUCAAAAAUGAACCAGUCGUUUCCGUGUGUUUCUGAUGGAAAUACACCUGAAGUUACACAAUGACUGGUAGAUAUAUGCAGUACAUGCUGCCUGUGGGUGUCGUCCUUUUGCUUGCCAUAAAGUGGUAUUCUACGGUGCUAAAGCAUUUAGUUUUUACAAAAAGCCUGAAUCUUAACUCAGCCUUCACCGUUUGGACUGAACAACGUCUGCCUUUUAGAGGGGAAAGCUCUCCGCUAUGCUACGCUAAGCUAAGCUAAGCUAAGCUAAGCUAGGACUUUUCUUAACGCCCCCCCAUGACCAUGAUAGUAUUUCAUCCCACAGCGCUGCCAACUACCAUUAAAGAAUCGUCGGAGCAUUUCGCGUCUGUAUGAACCAUCCACCCAGCUGAAGCUAAAGUCUGUAUUUUCUGUGGAAUACGUGUACAAACGCUGCAGCGACAUAAAGACCGCCCUCACUACCAGCAGCAUGCGGCGUAGACUGCAAACUGAAGGAGGCACGAACAAAUCAUCACGCAAGCGCAUGGGAAAACUCCAAAAAAAAACGGAGAAAAACUAAAGCUGCUUUUUUUUUACGAGCAAACUGGAAGCUUCUUUUUUUUUUUUUGUUACAGCGAUCCACAGAGACGGCGCUCAGUUUCUUGUAGUAAAUACCGUCAUUUCGCCGCUCAGCAUUCUAGCUUUGGACUUGCCCUUGGAUUGAUGUAGUGGGAGAAGACGUCUGCUUAACGAAUUAAAACCCGACCGGGGACAUCAUGCUCCUCCGGCUGUUUACUCGUUUGUUUUGUACAUUGUUUUUUAUUAGUCCUUCAAAGCUAUGACUUUAUUUACAUCUUUGAGUACAAGGAGUUACGUUACCUUUUCUAAUGCCUUGGCUUCCCAUGAACCUUUGAACUCCUGAGGAAACGGGGGGAGGUGAGGGGAGGGGGGCGCGUUGAUCUGCCGAAUUUUAACGCUGUCGACCAUUUUUAGCCCCGCGUUGGACCGCCCUGAGCUGUACAGUGUCUUGUUGGAACAAAUGUGAGUCUUUGUCACUCUUAUCUCUUGAGAUAAUAUGUGUUUGUCAGGUUUUUAUGACAGACUGGCAAGAGAUUCUCAUUUAUUUUAGGCCUUGUCACCUGUUACUAUUAUAUCGAUGAUAAAUUGUUAAGUCUUUUGCUACACUUGUGAAAAGAGCAUUUCUGUUGAUAUUUUGUUUUGAUAUUUAACAGAUUCCUGUGUAAUAGCGCAUUUAACUUGACUUUAAUCAGUUGUUUUAAUGUCAGCAUUUUUUUGUUUUUUCUUUUUUUUUCUUUCUUUUUUUUUUUUUUUCCGGAAAUGUGCAUCUUUAAGGACUGUAUGGGCAUUGUCUUGCUUUUUGUUGCAAAGUGGUCAUUUGGAUGCAUUUCUAAAGGAUAGUAUGCCAGCUAAAGUGUUUUUAUUUUGUGUUUGUAGAGUAAUCCUAUUAAAGUGUCAUUACACAGGAAUCAGGGUCUCACUGUAACAUGAAAAAAAAAAAGAUGAGAAACUGCAUAUCAGUAAUCUUCAAUGUAUUUUAAAGAUGGACAACAUGGCAGAAAAUAAAAAACAGACCUGGAAACAA